AUGGAUGGGGUUGGAGGUGAUGGUCCCCCAACAGCAGCUGCCGCACUAAGCAAACGGAAGCACGAAAUGUCAAAACUUUUUCAGUACUAUUUAGAUAAAUCAACUCCUCACUCUCUUUAUCGGUGGAUUGCAACUUUUUCUUUGGUCUGCGUUUAUGCUCUGAGAGUUUACUAUCUUCAGGGAUUCUACAUUGUGACCUAUGGUUUGGGAAUCUACAUUCUAAAUCUGCUGAUUGGGUUCUUGUCACCUCUUGUUGACCCUGAGCUGGAACCUUCAGAUGGUCCUAUGCUGCCUACAAAAGGCUCUGAUGAGUUCAAGCCUUUCAUUCGCCGCCUUCCCGAGUUCAAAUUCUGGUAUGCCAUCACUAAGGCUUUCUGUGUAGCAUUCCUGAUGACCUUCUUUUCCAUAUCAGUGGUGUGGGUCGUGUUCGAGCCGGUGGCCAUGGUGGGGUGGAGAAGUGCUGCCCCUCCGGUCGCGGGGAGGGUCGUCCUGUGUUGGAGUAGGUUGAAGUUUUUGGUCGUGGUUUCCGUUAGGCCUUUGCCGGCAGUUUCGGGAGCUGUCUUCUGGGAUUGA